UUGCGCGGCGGCUGCUCGGGUUUUGCUUCCGGCGCCGUCCCGAGUCGGGACGCGGGGGGGGGGGCCGAGCCCGCUCCUGUGGCAGCGGCUCCCUGAGGGCGGCGGCGGGGUGACGGCGAGCGCGUCUGCUGCGGAGCGCGGAGCCGGAAGGCGAGCCGAGCCAUGGAGCCGCGGCUGUGAGGAGCCCCCGGCCCGGGCCCCGCUCUUGGGAAGCCGGGCCGAGGCCGGAGCCGGAGGACAUGGACAAACUGACCAUCAUCUCAGGAUGCCUCUUUCUGGCCGCCGACAUCUUCGCUAUCGCCAGCCUGGCGAACCCGGACUGGAUCAACACCGGCGAGUCCGCGGGUGCUCUCACAGUUGGCCUUGUGCGACAGUGUCAAACCAUUCAUGGACGUGACAGGACCUGUAUUCCUCCACGGUUGCCUCCUGAGUGGGUCACCACCUUGUUUUUCAUCAUCAUGGGAAUCAUUUCACUGACUGUCACAUGUGGCUUGCUAGUGGCUUCCCACUGGCGAAGAGAAGCAACUAAAUACGCACGCUGGAUAGCAUUCACUGGAAUGAUCCUAUUCUGCAUGGCGGCCCUAAUAUUUCCCAUAGGAUUUUAUAUCAACGAAGUGGGCGGCCAACCUUAUAAACUGCCGAACAACACAGUGGUUGGGUCGUCGUACGUACUGUUUGUUUUAUCCAUUUUCUUUACAAUAGUGGGACUUCUAUUUGCUGGCAAAGUCUGUUUACCUGGCUGACAAAGGUCUAGAUACUGCUUCACUCGGUCAUGAAGGAGAGUAGGACGCCUGUCGCUAUCUCGGAAGGAUGCCUGCGUUGGGCUGCUGCAGUCUUACCGGAACGAGGAGGUCUCUGAUGCGUUCUCACUAUGCACUUUGGAUUUAUUUUUGUUUUUGAACGGAGAGCCUUUCCCACAACCAAAUACAGACAGACAGCCUUGACUCAUCUCCUGAGCGUCUGGAUGCGGUCAGGUGUGCACUGUGAUAGAAACUAGUGUAGUGGAAUAAUUCUUUUCUACACUGAGCAGCGUUAUUGCCCCCCCACCCCCACCCCCCACAUCACUGUACUGGACCCAUUUUAGAUAACUUGACAAUUUUGAAAAAUCUCAAAAGUAUUUAUGAACUUUGGUCGACCAGAGGUUUGCCAAGGGAGUUGGAAGUGGGGCUGGCCUCACUCUCUUUAGGAGAUAAGCCUCUUCCUUCUGUGAUAGGCAAGAAGCAUUUGCCGCCAAAAAAGCCAACCAACCAACAGCUCAACAUUACACUAACUGCAUCCUGAAGCCAAUUGAUCAAAAGAUGUUCUCGGAAAUCUGUUACAACAAAAACGUCUGCCUGCCAUCUCUCUCGCCAACCCCAGUGAGCUCUAGAAACACCGUGGGACGUCAGGGUGGCUAGGAAUUCUUCAUUAUAUUUAUAUAAAUAUAUAUAUAUAUAUAUAUUGCUGAUGCAGUAUACAGAAUAUGUAUAUAUAUGUUUGUGGGUGUAUAUGUGUGUGUGUGUAUAUACACACACAUAUAUAUAUACACGCAGACACAUGUUUCUGGAAGAGAGCUCUUGAGCGCUUUGCUAGCAAAACACUGUGGUGUGUAAAACUAGAACUCGAUAGGAGAGAGGGGAAAGUGAAAUAGAAAAAAAACAACACAAAGCCAUUUCUCUGAAGGCUGCAUAGCUGGGAAAGUCUUCAGUUUACCUCAUUCUUUGUAGCAGCCCUUGGUUUUAACAGAUGUUUUGUUAUAGGUACAAACAACUCCAUACCUUUCUAGGUGCAAUUCUAAGUUAAGCUAAGAGGGUUUUGUUCUUUAUAUGGUAAUUUAUUUGUAUAUUGGGGAUAGAAGGCAAGUUUGUGUCAUACUUUGCAAAGGUCCGAUCCCAGUAUUGGGAAGUUACACUACUUAAAUUAUGGGCAACUGAAGUGGGUUGAUUUCUCUCCAUCUCUCUCUGUUUCUCUCCUCCCCUCCACAACCCUCUUUCCACCUUGCCAGCUCUUUCUGGCUUCACUUAUUAAUAUGAAUUUCUCCACAGAAAAUCUACCGUGAGAUAUCAUCUCAAGUUGGCUACAUAACAUGAACCGGGUGGUUGGGCAGUAAAAGCUACAAAGAGGGACAUACUCUUCUUUCAUGUGCGAGUAUUAAGUUAAAUCCACUGGUACAAAAAAGAGAGCCAUAUGGUCACUUGACGUCCCCAUGCUUUGCCUUGUUCUGACACUUAACGUAGGGCUUGCUCACAUCCAAGGGGCCUUUGCAGUUCGUAGCAUCGUCUCCCCUCUCAUCCUGGUCUCUUAAGAGAGUCUGCCAUUGCCAACCUCCUUCAGUAAUGGAGGCAGCUCCUGUUUUCUCUGCUCUCUGGCCAAGAGAGCACUUAUGGGCCCACCAGAAGUGAAGAACGACCUGCAAUAGCCAAAACGGAAGAUCUGAGCAACAGUCUUUCGCCAGAGUGUUUCUGAGCAGCAGCACCUGCCUGCCAUUCUGGGCACGAGCAGCCCCCAUUAAAGCUCCUUAAUUCAUGUCAUCAGGCCCAGCAGCAGCGGUCUGGUUUUCGUAGCUCCAUUCAUCAGUAGGCCCUUUGCCAGGAUGUGGGCUUUGGCAGAUGCCUGACGGUUUUGACCCUAGGCGCCAGCCCUGCUCACUUAAGUGACGGUGACUGAGUGGAGCUGGAACAACAGGAACAACGAAACCCCACACUAUUUUGGAAAAAGUUGAUAACCUUUGAAAUAGUGUUGAAUGCUAGCUGCUGGUCCUUUAAUGCAAGUUGCUUAGGGAGUCACUGCUGUUGUACUUUCAGCAUAACACAUGGUGUUGCUCUCUAUUCACGGGUACAACUGAUCACAGCAAAGAUGUCAUAGAAUUGUAGCGUUGGAAGGGACCACGAGGAAUCGUCGUAGCAGUGGGAAAAUGUAAGGUUACCAGGCCGGCAGCAUCUCAUGCUACAAUCAGGCACUGAGGGGAAUUGCUUCCGGCUUCAAGAGAAAGAUUCUGACCAAUUUUCAUUUGUGUAUGCAAAAUUUGCCGUAAAAACGAGGGUUCCCUGGUAGAAAAAUCAUGUAUGAUUUUCAGAACAACCUUCCAAUCAUGCAAACUUUCCCAUCACAGUAUUGUUGCCCGAGGCUGACUUGGAUGUAUCAGAUUCCUUUCUCUGUAGAGUUUAUGGAUGAUUGUGAUAUAUAUAUAUUUUGCCUGGAGUAUUUGUUUUUUAAAAAAUUAACCUGUUCACUCAGCUGGCUGAGGGGUUCUUCACAAAAGAAAUUGUGAGCGCUGUUGAAUUCUGUCAGCUUUCCUAAAAUGACACCCUAUGUGGGCUUGCUGGUUUUGGAUGUGAAAGUUCUUUUAAAAAUGCGCAAUGUUGGAGAAAACUGGAUUGCAACGGGAAAUCCCAUGCAGAGCUCUGAGGAGAUCUUCAUAGUUUAAUGGGGUUAAUUUGUUCGAAUUUAUGAAUUGGUACUUAAAAGGGAUGAGCAAGCUGAUAAAAGGCCUGGCAGCUAUAACCUGUUCUAUUAAGGGUAAAAAUGACACCUCCUCCAAAGGAUUAUUGUAAAUAGUUCCAUGGAAUAAUAUGGAGGCGGUACAUUUUCCUAGAAGUUUUAUCCCUGGUUUGUUACCUGCCUGGGUUCUUUCUAGGGCUGCCAGUAUUGUUACUGCCUCUUCUCUUGUGCAGCAUGACAUCCAGAAAUACAGCUAAUGAACUCUUUUCCUGCCAUGGAAAUGAAAUUAUAUUAGAAACCUUCACCUGUUUAAUUUCUACAUAUCAGACUGCUGUUGUAAGACACAGGAGCAGAGCUUUUUUUUAAAAAACAAAAACUGCAAACUCUUGCCCUUUUACUACAUUCUAUGUCUUGCCAUAGUUAACGACAUAAGUACCCUACAAUUAUCUGAAUAACUGUAUGGUCCUCUUUUCAUACCUUGCUUGCUGCAGGUGCUAUUUUGAGAACAGGAAUCGGAGCAUUUAACCUCACACAAUCUCUGCCUAAGAAGGCAGAGUGAGUUAUGGCUGGGCCAAAUCUCUUGCAGCCCUCCCUGCCCUUCCUCUAUUCUUUCUUAGUGUGUCUCUCCCCACCCCACCCCAAAUUCAUACCGCCAUCACCUGUCUCCGUUGGCACCAUCUUUCAGACGUGGGAUCUUGCACCCCUAUCCAAAGCGCAGCCUGCCUUUCUACAUUAGGAAGCUGAAUUAAACCUCAACUCCCCUGUUUGGAAACAUGUGCAAAUGGCAUUACUUAAGAGCUUUGGUCGAGAAAUAGGAAGACCGUGGAAGCUCACUAAAUGGCCAUUUAUUAUUAUUAGUUUGGAAGAGCCAGGAAUGCUCCCAAGCUCCCAUCCUUAAACUAUUAAAUGGAAGGGUUUAAUAUAAGCUGGCCUUGACUUGAGUUUGAAACUGUCCUGAGAACAUAGAUUAGCAACCUAAGCUGAUGGGUUUGUGUUCUCUGCUAAACAGGAGGUCAAAGGGUAUUGGGAGAUGGGUCACAUGUAUCCAAAAUGCAUCAUGGGAGCCACAGUAGGGGCAGCGUCAAGACUAGGGCAGAGCGAUGUCUGCUUUUCAGCAUCACGAUAUAUCACAAGCUAAACAUCAUGAUAUACCAAUAUAUAUGACAUAUAUGUCUGAAAUAAGGAUGGAACUAUGUAGAGGCAAAUGGCAUAAUGUCCUGGCAUCUAGGGGUCUAAAACUGAUACGGUUUUUCUUAACAUUAACAUACUGUUACAACUGUUUUUAUAGAGCAGAGCAACAGGGGUGGCAGGAAUCAUGAGAACAGUGAUGACCGGCUUCACGGUUUUUUCCACAUUGUGAUUUUCUUUUUACAUAGCCAGACAUCGUGAUUCACGAUAUAUCACCAUGUCAAACAUUAUGAAACUGUUCCCACGAUGCGGACUUCAAACUGAUUUUGGACGGUGUAUCGAUACAUCACCCAGCCCUAGUCAAGACCCCCACGCCUGCUUACAUGGGGGGCAUAUUUGCCAGAACAACCUCACCCCACUGUCCCCUUCCUGUAGAUCACCACAUGGUGACAUUUUCCUGACUUAACUAAAAACAGGUUGGGAAAGUUCAGAAGAAGAGCAUCUGCCGAUGACCUUCUGUGAUCAUGGAAUGUGUCCAGUCUGUAUAUUGUGAACGGGAGCCUGGCCUGUCUACAGGUAUUUGUGAAAACCAAUAUAGCUGCAGAAUGCAUAAAUAAUUGGUGUGUUAUGUUUGUAUAACUUUAAUUUCAGUCAUUUGGGGGGGAGUGGAUAAUCCUUCUAACUAUAAAAAGGAAUGGGAAGAACAGAGAGGAUCAGCAGUUGCUUUUAAUAAGAUCACAUGGAAUGCAGUAUUAAUUUAUAGCAGAAAGACCAUAUCUUGUAAACUGUAUAUAAAACACAGUUUUAUGGUGCAAUUGUUUGUCAACCUUCUGUCUGUUACUUUUGGGGGGGGGUCAGCAUUGUGUCCCCCCCUUCCCCAUACCUAAGAGCAUCAUGCUAAAAUCUGCAAAGAAAUAUUUGUCGCUUGUAUUUGCACAAGGAUUUUUUUUCCUCUUUUUUGGGAAAACCUGUUACAGGCUUUUUAAUAAAUGCCUGUCCCUUAAUUCAGUUCAGCGUGUGCAACUUUUUUGCCCAGCAAAAUCUGCAUUGGUGGGGUGAGCAUUCACAUAAAGCCUUUUGAAAUUCUGCCAGCUUUACUUUUAAGAGCAAAUUAUUUGUAUUAGUCCAGUCACACUUACUUUGCUGCUAUUUCGUGAAUGCCCCAAAUUAUUCACACAACUCCGAAUGCUUUUAACAUCCUGGUUCUGGUGAAAUGAAGUUCAUUCUACAGUCAUUUUGACAGGCUUAUGGUAAACUUGUACGGUCUCUAUUUCUAUUGUGACCAAUAAACUUCACAGCAGCAGCUCUUCCUCCCCACCCUGCUUUUUGGAGUCUUUUGUGAGAUUUCUCUGAAAAAAACCAAACCUGAAUUUGUGUCUGUUACAAUAUCAUUUUUUUACUAUCCUGUUGCCAUUUUAAAGCCUUCUUUUCAGGGUUGAGGGUGGGGAGACGGGAAUCUUGAAGCUUAGGCCUUAUUUUUCAAAUUUACAAUCACUGGAGUCACGCCUGAGAUAAAAUUGUAGAGUUUAGGAAUCUGUUUCCAAACAUUUCUGUUUUAAUGACUUCGGUGCACUGCUAAAGCUCACUUUCACACCCCUCUCCUUUCUCCAGUGUGUUAUUUCAGUUGCUGUUUUGACCUGCUGUUUAAAAAAUAUAAAGUUGUGUGAAGGAUCCCAAAGCAAAAAGAUGAAGGAAAUGGCAUUUUCAGAUAGGUUUUCCUGCCUUGGAGUUGCUAGUUCUGUUUCUGCUACUCCAAGAGACCAUAAAUGUUUGGGCUCAAGGUCUUCGUGGUGGUCUUCCCCCUUUCCACUGCAACCAUAUCCUCUUCCAACUGUUAAGGAUUAUUUUCUAAUUGGUUAGGACAUUUCUCUCCCCUGCCCCAAUUUAAUUUCCAAACAAAUUGUUAAUACAAACUGUAUAAAAUGAACAUAAUUUUCUUCACUUGUAUUUUUGUUAUUGAGCAAGUUUAUCAAAAUAAAUUGUCUACUUAAAGAAA